AUGUUUAAACUCCUUUAUUCAAGCGGACCGGGCAGCGGAAAGGGCACACAAUGCGAGAAGAUCGUGGCCAAGUACGGUUUCAACCACUUGUCAAGCGGCGAUCUUCUUCGAGCGGAGGUUCAGUCCGGCUCGCCUCGUGGUAAGGAGUUGCAAGCUAUCAUGGAGAAGGGAGAACUCGUCUCUUUGGAAAUCGUCCUCGCACUCAUCAAAGAUGCAAUGCUGAAGCUUAUCGACAAAAGUCCCUACUUCCUCAUUGAUGGGUAUCCACGGGAACUUGAACAAGGAACUCGAUUCGAGAGGGAUGUCGCACCAUGCUUUGCGGUGCUGUACUUUGAGGUGAAUGAGGAGGUGAUGAAGCAGCGUCUUCUCAAGCGCGGCGAGACGAGUGGUCGUGCUGACGACAACGAGGCUACCAUUGUGCAGCGCCUGAAGACCUUUGAGGAAAAAACUGCACCUGUCAUCAAGCACUACACUCAAAAGGGCAAAGUCAUCAAGGUCAGAACAAUUGACGAGGUAUUCGCUGUCGUUGUGCAAGAAUUCGAAAAGAAAGGAAUCAAGUAA